AUGUCAACGAGUACAGUUCCCGCGCCCCUGGCUGGGAAAGUCGCCCUGGUCACGGGCGGGUCACGAGGCAUAGGCCGUGGCAUCGCGAUCCACUUCGCGACCAAAGGCAUUUCCAAGAUCACCAUCACACACGCCGGGAACUCGUCGGCCGCGGAAGAGACUCUGGCAGCAAUUGGCAAAAUCAACCCGAACAUCACCGCCACCGCGAUCCAGGCCGAUGUGUUGUCACCAAGCUUUGCCUCCGAUCUGGUGCCCAGAGUGCUCCGGGAUCUCUCGACUCAAACCAUCGACAUCAUCGUAUGCAACGCCGCUUAUGUCAAUCCGACCAUUGUAGCGCCCAUAGCCACGGCUACCAAGGAGCUCUUUGACAACCUCAUGACCGGGAACGCGUGGGCUCCCGUGCAGCUUUUCCUCACAGCCCUGCCCUACAUCCCCCGAGGUGGUCGCGUCGUCAUGAUCGGCAGCACCGCUUCCAAGGCGCCGAAUGCGGACCCUGCGGUCUGCUACGGGGCGUCCAAGGCCGCGCUAGACAGCUUCACGAGGAGCCUAGCCCUGAUCUUCUCGGCCAAGCACGGCAUCACCGUCAACUCUGUGUCUGUGGGUCCAGUCAUGACGGACUUGCUGAGGGUUCCCCUCCAGCAGGGCAUGCUUCCGGAUGGGUACAUUCCAGCACUGGUGAGCAAGAACACGGCGGAGAAGAGGAUGGGCGAGGUCGACGAUAUCGCGGGUAUUGUCGCCUUUCUUGCAAGCGAGGAGAGCAGGUGGAUCAAUGGGAACAACGUCCCCGCGAAUGGUGGCGCCCUUCUCGAGAUCCAGGGGUAG